AUGCUGAUCCCCCGCCGCGCAACAAGGGAUACGCUCCCACUUACCCAUGUGGAUACAGCGCGACCGUGGUAUUACUUGUGUUGCAUCCUCCCAGCGUUAUCGUUACCUAUUUUGCUGCUUCGACUAUGGACAGUCGGCUUCAUUUUUCGCCGAUGGAGGACGACUGACACUAACCCAGACGACAUCAAGGUUUUUGGAGUGAUAUUCGCAGCCACGGAGGCAGAUUGUGAGCGUUGCUUGUUUGUUUGUCAGGAUCUUUACCAGGGCGAAAAAAAAAAAACUAACUCGUUGUUCUCAGUCAUCUUUGGUAUAUCUGAAGUAAUGGGGGGACAGGUUCCUCUUGUGAAUUGCAUAUAUUUGUCCAAAGUAAGGGUUUCUGCCUUCUUCGAUUUGGCUUGUUUUGCUGUUGGAUAUAUUCCCCCUAACAAAGUCAAAUUUCCUCAGCUCAACGGCCUCGUCUCCAUGCCGUCUUAUUGCAUCGCCACGGGCCUCGCCAAAGCCUCUGUAAUACUCUACCUCCUAAACUUCACCACCACCGCCAGCCCCCGCGCAAUCCGAAUCGUCGCCUACGCCACCUUGGUCCUCUCAAUUCUCCAAUGCAUAAUUCUAGCGGGGGGCACCAUGGCCUGCGCGGCAGGCCUCCGUGGUCUCUUGGAUCUCUUUGGCACGGGUGUCAUCAGCCUGCCCACAUGCAGCAAUCUGGGUGAAAUUUGGGUCUCAACUGCCAUGAUAAACUCGUUUACGGACUUGGUCAUAUUACUCCUUCCCGUGUGGAUACUCCGCCCCCUGCAAGUCGGCAGGACGAAAAAGAUUGGGGUGCUGGCCAUCUUAAUGGCGGGUGGUUUCGUUUUUGGCGUCAGUGUAUACCGCGCAUACAAGUCAUAUGAAGCUUUCACGAUGCUUUCGAAAGACGUCUCCCUUUGGUCGUUUUCCGACACAGCUAUGUGGUGCGUCGUGGAGCUCUGGGCAGGGAUCAUCUGCGCGUGCCUCCCGGCACUCCGGCCGUUUUGCAGGCACAUGUGCGGUCUGGUACAAGAGAGGACGACACGGACAGGAGGGACCACUUCUGAUACUUCAGGACCGCAUAGUGGCCUGAAUUUUCACAAGUAUACGCGACAGACGGAGAUGGAGCUUUCGGCAACAACCAACAUCGCGCUGCAAAGACCUCCCAGUCGAGAAUCGUCAAGACCCAUACAAGGGAUUGUUCGCUCUCCGUCACCUAGCGUGUCUAUGGGAUCGAGGAUAAGAUCUCCAGACAUGGAACGGAGGUCGGUGGGCGAGCAUGUAUAA